GAAAGAAUCUGGCAGAAAAAAACGUCGCUCUGCCUCGCGAACCGAGAUAUUAAUCGUUAAAGUUCACGACUAUCCAUUUUCUCAUAAUCAAACUAAUUGAGUCGACAGAUCGUGAAAAGAGGUUAUAGCGGAGAAGAAGAACAGAAUGUAAAAUCUGAAUGCUGAUUGACUAGCUAAGCUCACCUCGUUGGCGAGGACCCGGGCCACAAUUAUAUAUAGAAGAAGAAGAAAGAAGUGUUUGGAGCCAAAAUCGCGUUGAAAUGCUCUCCUAACUCCUAACCUGUUAAAAGGUUGGAAAUUCAUACAGAGGUCUAGAAGAAGAAUUUGAUUCUGUUAUUAUCGAAAAUGCCCGGUUGCUGUGUGCAAAAUUGCAAAAACCGCACCGAAAAAGGCUUUCGUUUAUUUCGCGUGCCAACAGGCGAUAGACGUAAAGAAUGGCUUCAAUUAAUUGGCAAAGAAGCAUUACCGGAAAGGGCUGCAGUUUGUGAGGUCCAUUUCGACAAUAAUCAAUUUGAAAAUAACCGUGAAGAUGGAAGAAGGCUGCUUCGUCCAUUUGCAAAACCAAAUUUGUUACAGAAGCACACAACAAAAGAUAAAGAGGAAGAUAAAGAGGAAAACAAUCCCAGGAAUUCGAAAUUUUCCAGUGAUGUAGAGUUUAUAGAAUCUCGUGAAUGUGAGGCCAAUACAACAACAAACACAAUAAACGCACAAGCAUCACAGCAUAAAAUGUAUAAUGAAAAAUAUUUAGAAUCAUUAAAAUUAAAUUUGAAGAGGACUAAACGGCUAUGCAAUCAACUAAAAACAAAAUUGCGAAAAAGACAAACAAAUUUGGAUAAAGUUUUUAACCAAGAUCAAAGAGAGUUCAUUGCACGUUCAUCGCAUAGGGAAACAUCGUGGUCGGCACAUACAAUAACUUUUCCAUACAGUUACUUUUAUGGACAUUUUUACUAGCACAUACAGUUACUUUUUAGUAACUUUCUAUUAAAUUAUCUAAAUUUUGGCAAUUGACACAUGUUUACUUUUAGCAUACUAGAACAUGAUAGG